AUGGGGCUCCUCCGCAGUCGCAGAGCUGUCGCUCAGGCCGUCGCCAAGAACAAGGCGAAGACCACCGCCAAGGCCAAGACCCAACCGAAGGCCACGGCAAAGGCCAAGGCCGCAGCAGCCUCGCCGAGCAACCACGAGACCACCUCCCCCCGCAGAAGGCGAACCAAGUCGGCCGCAGGGGAACCUGUCAAGACGGAGCCCUUGUCGCCCCAGAAGCCGAAGGAAACUUUGGGGAUGGCCAAGGCAGAGGUGGCAGGCUUGCUCACAAGCCUCAAGUACCAAAUCAAGGCUAAGAAAAUGACGGAGAAGCAUCGCGAACAAGCGAACGAUAUCUUGCUGAAGUACCAACAGUCUGGCGUCCAUGGAAAAAAAGAAAUAUUGCAGAAAUUGCAAACGAGCGGGCUUCGUGACCUCAGCUGGUUCGCCGAGAUGCAAAGCGAAUACCAAACGCAAAGCGUGGACAAGGAGAGCACCACGAAGGGCUACUUCAACAGGAGCCAGAUCCUCAAGAUGAACGGCCUGGACCCGAGCAACAUGGACGAGGCUGUGGCUGCUGACACGCUCAAGGACUUGAUCGCCGACUGUGAGGCAGAGUUUGGUUUCAAGUCCGACUGCAAGCCUCACAAGAACCCCUUGCUGGCCAAGUACUACUACAAGCAGAAGGUCGAAACGGAGGACACAGCUGCCACGAACUCGCUGGGCUGGAGCAGUUGCGCCAACGUGGAAGGAAGCGACCUCGGCAGGCUCGUCGAGAAGUUCGACAACCCGGACCUGGAGGUGCCCGCCAACGAAGAGGCUUGGAACAAGGCCUACAGUGCUUGCAAGGCCGCCAAGAGCAAGCUGGGGAAGGUGGCGGACGAGCUCGAGGAGCAGCACGCCAAGCUGGUUGCUCACGGUCCCCAAGCGGAGGCGGACGAAGUUGGGCCCAAGAUCGAGACCCUCCGAGGCUUCUUGAAGACUUUGCGCUUCAAGAUCAGCGAGUGGAUGAACAUGAGCGAGGGAUGCAUGGAAGCGAAGUUGCCGGAGCUCACCCAGCUGAGUGAGGAAGCCACCAGCCACCUGGCUGCAGCCACGGCCUACAACAAGAAGUUGAAGAGCCGCUUCGGUGUCUAA